AUGUAUACCAUAGAGGGGAUAAUGAAGAAACAACCUUGUGUUCCAAACACUACUACAUUAGCAUUAGCCAUGCACAAGGACUCACAAACAAUAUCCAAAGUCAAGCCCAAGAUUCACAUAAUUCACAUAUUUGCACCGAAGAUCUUCAAGACAGACGCAUCAAACUUCUGGGAACUAGUACAGAGACUCACUGGAAAGCCCAAAGAAGAUUGUUGCACUAAGAAGAGAGCAAGACACCCAAGAAAAGGAGUGCAAAACAUGUUUUACAAGAAUUCAGUGACCAAAAAAUGGACCUGCGUUCUGGGCAGCUUGACAGGUUUGGAUGUGGAUGCCCUCAUGCUCAAAGAAAAGAUAUGUGGUCGUGCAAAUUCAGAAGAUUUGGAUGAAUUCAUGCAAGAGCUAAACGGGUUUUCAGUUAAGGGAGAAGAAGAGAAAUGGUGUGGUGCAAAUUUAGGUGGUGGCUUUGCAAAUUUGGAUAGCUUCAUGCAAAAGCUUAAUGGGUUUGGAAAUGGGGAAGAAGAAGAGAGAUAG